UUGCCUAUUAUCUCGGGAACAUCGAGCUCUUCCAGCGUUGCGAGUUCGACGACUACGCUCUCUUCAUGGACGGACUCCAAUAGCGCAAUACCGAUCGAUCCAGGCUCUACCUCUUCCACACUUAUUAGCACCUCGAGCUUUCCUCCCCCCUCCACAAGCUCAGGAGGUAACUCUUCAGCAUCUGAGACCACGUCGAGCAGUGUUCUGUCUACUACAACCGGUACUGUGGAAACUAGUGCAGAUCCUACUGCAACUUCCUCGACCUCGAGUGAAAUGUCCUCAGACCCUAGUGGUAUCAGCACUAGCCAAAUCUCUACAUCGGGAGGUGGUAGCACUAGCACGAGUUCAUUAGUUGUCAUCACCUCGAAUACGCUCUCUGCGGUCCCUACUAUUACUGCUACUAGCGAGGCUGUGACGUCUGGAGAUAGUGCUACCAGUACUAGCACUAUCGAGACAACACCGACAGACAGUGGUACUACUAGCGACGCUGCAACAUCAGGAGACAGUAGCACUAGCACGAGUUCGUUGGUUGUUAUAACCUCGAAUACGCUCUCUGCAAUCCCUACUUUUCCUGCUACUAGCAUCAGUACUAUCGAGACAACGCCUGGAGAUACUGGUACAACAAGCGAGGCGACAAUAUCGAGUGAACUCUCCGCGAUUCCUACUCUGCCCACUACGAUUGAGACGACACCGACAGACAGUAGCACUUCUAGCGCCACUACGACAUCGAGUGGACUCUCUACGGAUUCUUCUAUUGUCUCAACGACGCGGACGAUCAACCUGACGACAAAUGUCACGACCGCCUCCACCGUCACAACCACCCGCUGUCCUCCGCCCACCACAUGCGGCAACCAAGGCGUAGCCUUUGCCGUAUAUGCCAACGUCAACGGCAACAACCAAGGAGGCAGUGACCCUUACAGCGAAUUCGUCCCCCAACAAUACAAAACCCGCGCUCCCGAAUGCACAGGAGUCACCACAGGCGUGGGCGGCAUCAACUACGCCACAAAUGCCAACAGUCUAACCAUUUACUCCCAAUGCACGCGCUCCAGCAGCGCGCUCUUCGCUCUCAACCACCAAGGAUACAUUUACGCCGUCCUCUCCGGAACCUACAGCUUCGUCGUCUCCAACGCGGACGACUGGGUCGGAAUCUGGAUCGGCCCCAAAGCCUACUCGGGCUGGCUGCGCUCCAAUGUCGACGCGUCCGUGGCGUAUGGUUUUGGGAGCGCGACUUAUAAUACCACGUUUGUUGCGGGCCAGUAUUAUGCGCUUCGCAUCAUGUUUGCGCAGGCCCAAGGGGAUGCGGCGUUUGCGAUGCGUGUUACGGCGCCUGAUGGGACGGUGUUUUUGGGGGCGGGAGUGGCGAGUAGUGCGUAUUUGGUGCAGUAUAGUUGUGAUGGGGUUACGGCGCCGAGGUUUCCGGCUUUUGGGUCACAGACUUAG